AUGGAAAUUGGAGGAAAAGGUUUUGUCUACGGGAAUUUAAGAAAUAAUCCUCCUUUUUUCCAACCAAAACCUCCAUUGACGGCCAUAGACAAGUUCUUGUCAUCUCAGAACAAUUUUUAUUACCAGAAAACAUUAAACUCUGUGCAAAACCAGUCACCCCUUUUUCCUCCAAAUCUGUUUUCUGAUUUUUCUUCAAAUUUUUCAGCACAUAAGCUUCCUGAAACAAAUUUUGGGAAUGGGAUUCUCCCUUAUGCAGAGGUGGCUUGGAACCAAGAUGAACAUGUUAAUGGGAAUUCAAAGGAAGUGAAAUUGACAAGUGAAAGUUCUAAUCCAAGAGAGACGAGAGAAAGGGGCCAGUCUGAUGGUCAUUUGAUCAAGGGUCAGUGGACAGAUGAAGAAGACAGGAAAUUGAUUAAGUUGGUAAAGCAAUAUGGUUCAAGAAAUUGGGCUGUGAUAGCUAAGAAAAUGGUCGUGAGAGCAGGAAAACAGUGUCGUGAGAGAUGGCUUAAUCAUCUAAGUCCUGAUAUCAAGAAAGACGUUUGGAGCGAAGAGGAAGAGAGGCUGUUAAUCGAAGUCCACAAGAGGGUUGGAAACAAGUGGGCUGAGAUUGCCAAACACAUCACUGGAAGAACUGAAAAUUCAAUAAAGAAUCACUGGAAUGCAACGAAAAGAAGAAAGAUUUCAAGGAGAAAAAUCAAGAAACCAAGAGGGGUAAAUGGAAAACGACAAUCAACCCUGUUACAAGAUUACAUCCAGAACAAGUAUAUGAACAACGGUUCCGGCUUCACAUCCACCUCCACCACCUCAUAUGCAGCCGCCACCACCGUUACUCCUCCCAGCUCCAACGUGCCUGAGGCUGAGGGCCAGUCUUUUUUUACUUUCGAAACAUGUGAGGAGGAAAUGGACUUCAUGAAAAACCUAUUUGGGAACAAUGAUUCAUCCAACAAUGCUUCAAUAGUGGAUAAGGGCAAAGCCAUGCUGUACCCUCCUGCUGCAUCAGAAACGAACAUGCAGAUAAAUGAAGAUGCAUUUCUUUAUCCUGAUAUGCUAGAUUCAGACAUUGGCUUAACUUUGGACUUGCCAAUGAAUCAAGAUACCUCCUUGAUGGCAGAUCGGAAGUGGAUUUAA